AUGUUUUUCUCCGCUGGUAUCAAGGCCGCGCUGCUUCUCGCAGCUUCCAUUCCCGCUCAGGCGUGGAACAGACUCGACAAGGACAAUGCUGCCCUUCUUGUCAUUGACCACCAGGUCGGUCUUGCGCAGGUCGUUCGUGAUUACAACACAAACGACUUCCGUAACAACAUCAUUGGCCACGCUGCGCUUGGAAACGUCUUCAACCUCCCCACUGUGUUGACCAGCUCUUCGGACCAGGGUCCUAACGGUCUGAUGCUGAAGGAGAUCACUGACCUGCACCCCAACGCCACGUUCGUUCGUCGCCAGGGUGAAGUCAACGCCUGGGACAACGCCGACUUCCGCGCUGCUGUCAAGGCCACUGGCAAGAAGCAGUUGAUUAUCGCCGGUAUUGUCACUGAAGUUUGCACCUCUUUCCUCGCUCUCUCUCUUGUCGACGCUGGCUACGAAGUCUUCGCCAACACCGAUGCCAGUGGUACUUUCGAUGCCCGUCUCGCAGAGGAUGCCAACCGUCGCAUGGAGAAGGCCGGCGUCACUCUGAUGGGUCUCUUCGGUAUCGUCUGUGACCUGAUGCGCGACUGGCGCAAGACCCCUGGUCUCGAUGAGCUUCUGCCUUUCCUUGACAAGUACCAGUUCGGCUACGGUCUUGUUGCCCGUCACCACGCUGGUUCUAUUCAGAACGGUACUCUUUUCCCCGUUGAGCAGACUUUGAUCUAA